AUGACCGGAACAUAUGCCGGCCAGUUCGUUAUGGAGGGCUUCAUUCAAGUUUCGUGGCCAAAAUGGAAGAGAGUUCUGGUAACUCGAAGUAUCGCUAUACUACCAACACUGGCAGUGACCGUCGUUGCCAACGGUGUUCGCAGUUUAACUGGCAUGAAUGACUUCCUGAAUUGUAUUCAAAUGGUCCAGUUGCCGUUUGCUCUAAUUCCAAUCAUCACAUUCACAUCGAGUCGCAAAAUUAUGCACAGCUUCAGGAGUUCAAGGUCCAUCUCCAACUUUUUCUUUGAUAGCAGCGACCUAUAA